AGGGGAACAGAGGGGAGUAGGGCUCGGCUCCGCCGCCAGUGGGCGGCUAGUGAGAGUUGCUUCCAGACUCCUGACAGGUGUCGCGGGCACGUUGACCACCGAGAGAGGGGCUCUUCCGCCGGGCUUCUCGGGCUAGUCGUCGUUCCUCGUCGUUCUGCGCCUUGGUGGCGCGGGCGGGCCGAAGCGCGUCCCUUCCUCCCCCCCGGCCCCGGCCGCGGCGAGGAAGAAGGAAGGAGGCGAGAGCAGCAUGAGCCGCGCUGGCCGCCGCCGUAGCCGGGCCGGGGCAGCAGUCGUAGUGCAGCUGUGGGUGACCCUGAGCUGCCUGAGCACCGUCGCCGAGGCCCAGCUCUCUGGAGUCCUAGAUGAUUGCUUGUGUGAUAUAGAAAGCAUUGAUAAUUUCAACACCUAUAAGAUAUUUCCUAAAAUACAGAAAUUGCUAGAACGGGACUACUUUCGUUAUUAUAAGGUUAAUUUGAUGAGACCAUGCCCUUUCUGGGCAGAAGAUGGCCAGUGUUCUAUAAAAGACUGUCAUGUGGAACCCUGCCCAGAGAGCAAAGUUCCAAUGGGAAUUAAAGCUGGGAGUUCUAAUAAGUAUUCAAAAGCAGCAAAUCAUACCAAAGAAAUAGAAGACUGUGAGCAAGCUAAUAAGCUGGGAGCAGUUAACAGCACAUUGAGUAAUCAAAGUAAAGAAGCUUUCAUUGAUUGGGCAAGAUAUGAUGAUUCACAGGACCACUUUUGUGAACUUGAUGAUGAGAGAUCUCCAGCUGCCCAGUAUGUGGACCUGUUGCUAAACCCAGAGCGUUACACAGGAUACAAAGGACCCUCUGCAUGGAGAGUGUGGAAUAGCAUCUAUGAAGAAAAUUGUUUCAAGCCUCGAUCUGUAUAUCGUCCUUUGAAUCCACUGGCACCCAGCUGGGGAGAAUCAUUCUACAAAUGGCUAGAAGGUUUAUGUCUAGAGAAAAGAGUAUUCUAUAAACUGAUUUCUGGGCUUCAUGCUAGCAUCAACUUACAUCUGUCUGCAAAAUACCUUUUGGAAGAAACCUGGGGAAAACCUAGUUGGGGACCCAACAUCAAAGAGUUUAAGCGUCGCUUUGACCCUGUGGAGACGAAAGGGGAAGGUCCUAGAAGAUUAAAGAACCUCUAUUUUUUAUACUUGAUUGAACUCCGCGCUCUGUCAAAGGUUGCCCCAUAUUUUGAGCGCUCAAUUGUUGACCUUUACACUGGAAAUGUAGAAGAAGAUGCCGAGACAAAAACCCUUUUGUUGGAGAUCUUCCGAGAUACAAAGUCCUUCCCUAUGCAUUUUGAUGAGAAAUCCAUGUUUGCAGGAAACCAAAAGGAGGCUAAAUCAUUAAAGGAAGAGUUACGGUUGCAUUUCAAAAAUAUAUCACGUAUAAUGGACUGUGUUGGAUGUGACAAAUGCAGGUUAUGGGGGAAACUACAGACUCAGGGUUUAGGAACUGCUUUGAAGAUACUCUUUUCUGAAAAAGAAAUUCAGAAUCUUCCAGAGAAUAGUCCAUCUAAAGGUUUUCAACUCACUCGUCAAGAAAUAGUCGCUCUUUUAAAUGCAUUUGGAAGACUCUCUACAAGUGUAAUAGAGUUGCAGAAUUUUAAAGUUUUAUUGAAACACAAUAGAUAAUAAAGACUUUUACACACUUGUUAAAGGUAUCCAUAAAAUGAUUGUGUAAAGACUUUUGAUCUUGGACAUUCAGCAAAAUGAGACUGAUCUUCCUGCCCUUCAAGAAUUUGAACCCUUGAAGGAAACAUUCAGACACCAACUUGAAUAUUUAUAAUCCUUAAAAUAGGAAAUUAUCAAUUAGAGCUAUUUAUGAAUGAAGUAUAUAGUUUUGGAACAUGUAAAUUAUAUUGAUUCUGUGUUUAAUUUCAUGUAUUUUUUUCAUCUAUUGAAUGUUUCUAGUGUGCUUUCUUUUAUUUAGAGUUUGUUUUUCUCAUUUUGUUGUCCCACUUUCCCAAGCAAUUGUCUAACCUUAAAUUAUGUAGCCAUCUAAUAGCAUUGUUAUAAUCCCCUAUGAUGGGAGAGAGAGAACUAGGGAACAGUAUCAGAUUUAGUAAAGAAAAAUGCUUUCUUACUUUUAUACUUGUACUUAACUUUGUGUUAACUCAUUUGUUUCUUUGGCAGGAGAAAUGCCCCCAAAUGGGGAGUGCUUUAAAUGUGUAAUUCAAGGAAUUUCUUAAGUGUGUUCAAGAUCCUCUUUCUAUUUGCUUUUUCUCUUCAUUGAUACUAAGGGAAUUUCUUUUAUUAGAGUUGGACAGAUGUUUUCUUUCUGAUUCCCAGCCAUCUGUUUGUCUGUUUAGUUGGUCCAAGGAUUUUCUUAUUCCUAGAACCUAAAUAUUAUUUUUUUAAAAUUUGCCCAACUUGUACCAAGACACAGAUGUAUGCAUUUCCCUUUCGCUAAAGAAAAAUAAGAGAUGUGCAUAUGCUCUAUUAGAGUACUAAAUAAGCAUCUAGCAGGUAACUUCUUGAAGCAGGUUCUGUUGUAGAUUUAUGAGAUUGUUUUCAAAUGUUACAGGCCAAAAAUUUGUUUUAAAUAGAAAAAGAAAAACCAUUUUAAAGAACUUUAUUUUUUAAAAAAAAUUAUCUAUGCAAUCCCCUAGUUACUAUCAGCCUAACUUUCUUAGAUAGAUUAUAUAAACAUGCUAAUAAGAAUAUAUAAAUUCACUGUAUAUAUGUGAUACUUUGUGUGGUCUACUUGGACAUUAUGCCACCACACCACUCAGAAGUAAUAAACCUUCAUUUUUAAAAUCCAGAAUUAAAGUACACUUGGCCAGGAUUAGUAUUUGAUAAUUUUUAAAACUGUGGUAGUUGUAAUGUUGGUGUUCAAUAUGGAAGUUUGUAUAUGUGUGGUAGUAAUGCGGGUAAGUCCUAAAGUUUUUGUGUAUCAGACCUUCAAUUUUUUACCAAGUAAAUAACAAGUGCCCUUAAGCCCAUACUUAGCCUGCCAAAGUCUGAAAUGUGUUUAAUAAUGAUAUAGUGGAACCAGUUGUUUAAAUCAAAUUUUGCUCUACCAUUGGACCCUUUAUACAUGAGGGGUGAAAUUGUAUACUAGUUUCUUUUCCAAACUCAAUUUCUAAUUUUUAUAAAAUCACUUUACAAUUGACAGUGGUAUUUAAUUUUAUUAUUAAAUAGAUUUGAUUGCAGCCUUUUCUUUUAGUACUAAAAGUAUUGUAUAUGGAAAGAAAACUUAAGGCAAGCUUCUUUGAAAACUGAAUACAUUAAUUUUGUUGGUUUAAGUAUGGUCAAAUAAUCAAUAUCAGUUCUCUGUAAGCUCCUGCUUAAAGCCUAAUUUAACCUGAUAAUAAUAUUGCAUUUUUAUUGUGUUAGCACAGUAAUCUUUAGGAUAAUUUUCCUUUCAGGAAUGUUAUUUCAGAAUCUCUUACAGACAAAAACUUUUAAUCUACUUGGUGGGGGGAGGGGUGAAUUCUUGCUUAUUAUGGACAAUUACCCUUAAUUCCUGUGGUUUGUUUUAGUGUUUUAAAAAGAGACAGGUAUAUGUUAGAAUUCUUGAAAAUGAAAAGGUUUAUACCUUUCUAGUUGUAGAAAAUUGUUUUCUAAAUUUAAACUAUUACUCAUUAGCAGAAGAAUAUAUGAAGCAUAGGAGUUUGUCAUUAGAAAAUUAUGGGGUGAUAGUGUUCACUUCACCAUGUGUAAUUUUAGGAGACUAUUACUGGCAUUUGCUACCUGUGAAAAUCUUUAUUCUGUGGACCUAAUGGUAUAGUUUUUUUUUUUUCAACUCACAUGCUAGGCAAUUUUCCAUUGCCUUUUAUUGCCUAGUUCUGUGAGAUAUUGACAUCAUUAUUGAUUAUUUUCUAAACCAUUUUCAAAGUCUUAUGCUUGCCUAAGUUCAGUUUUUUAUUUUAUUUCAUAACUUAAUAAAAAAUACUGCCCUGAUGGUGUAACUGACAGAAAUGAUUGUACCAGUUGAUAAAAUAAUAAAAAUGUGAAAGGAAGGGAAAUCAUAGGCCUCUUCCCUUGACUUUAGUUUGUUACUUUUUUGAGUGGUGUCUUAUGUGAACAUUACUGUAAAUUUGAGAAUCCUCAACCGUUUUUUGAGUUGAAUUAAAUAAAAUAGUAAUAGACCUUAAAACAGUUUAGAAACUUGAUAAAUCAAAACAUUUUAUUUUGGCAUUUAGCAUUGUGAUUUUAUCCAAUAGUCAUGUAUGAUUACUGGGCAUAUGUGAAAUAUUGUGCCAUUUUUAAACUUCAGAUAUAAUUUUGAGUAUGAAAAAUUCUUUGUUAAAUUUCAUCAGCAACACUUUAGUCUAUGUGAAAAUUUAAGGGAUUCACAAUAAAUCUUGUUGCUAAAGUACCUAAAUUUGCACCACUUAUGUCUAUGAUAAAUCACAAAACUUGUAAAAUUCUGCCCUGAGUAUACUCCUUUGGUUUUGAACAUGAUACUGGUAUUAUUUGCUGUUGUUUCCACUUGAUUCUGUAAAAUCUGAAUUAAAGUAAAUGUUUCUGCAGUGUC